AUGUUCGGCUGGAACUUGUUCCUCAUCCGCGACAAAGACGGGAACAUCAAUGCUUUCCACAACAUCUGUCGGCACCGAGGACACCCCGUCACUCAGAAGGCCAGUGGAUCGAGUACGGUGCUGGCAUGUCGGUUUCACGGCUGGUCGUACCUUCCCAACGGAGACCUGCACAAAGCCCGAGAAUACAGCCACCUUCCAGACUUUGAUCCCAAGCAGCAUUCGUUGUUCAAAAUUCACACGCAUGUGACGGCUCAGGGAUUCAUAUUUGUGAACUUUGAUGCAAGGGAGACUCCUGCGGUGAGUUUCGAGGAGCAGUUUGGCGACGACUUCGAUCCAGCACCAACGACGAAGACGGGGAGGGAGAUUGGUGACGAGUUUGCGUUGUUUCCUAAGGAUGGGUGGGAGUAUGACCAUACGUGGAACAGCUCUGUGGCGGGAACCGAGUUCAAUUGGAAAACCUUUGCGGAUGGAUUCCAGGAAUGUUACCAUUGCCAGACUGGGCAUCCCACGACGUUGCCCAAAGACUUUGCGCUGGACCAGUAUUACUUGCGUCAGGGGAUAGGAGCGUCACGGCACUUCCUGCCUCCCAAAAGAGAAGGGCUGUCGGAAGCGUAUAUCACCUGGUUGUACCCCAUCGGUGCUGUUAUAUUCAGUGACAAUCUCCUAUUCAUCGCCCGAUAUAACGCAGCGGGAGCACUUGAAACAUCGUAUCAAAGUGAAACGUACCGGAGGUCGAGUAUGCAAAAACCCAGCCCGGAAUACGACCAUUGGAUGGAGCAUGACAUUGGGUAUUGGCGAUUCGUAGAGAUUGAGGACGUUGAGUUGGCCGUCAAUGCGCAGAAAGGGUUUAAAUCCGGAGUGCUGGGCUUAGGCCGGUUGCACUCGAUCGAAGAACACGCGGUUAAAUGGUAUCUCGACAAGGUGAGGGCUGUGUUAGUGGGACACGCCGAGGCGGAGAAAGCGGCAGGUAAAAAUAUCGAUUAUUCAGUUCCCCAGGCACAGAGCGAGGCGGCGGAGCAGGAUGAACUUUGCAAGUUAGUCGGGCCGGAGUAUGAAUGGUAG